AGUCCCUGCCUGAAUAAUUUAYCAGCCAGGCUGGGGCUGCGCUGUGUGGGCUAAGAAAAGCCGGUGUGAGUACAUCUGGGGAAUUCCAGGAGCCAUCCAGCUCCAGAGCCGCUGCUAUUCCCUCCCCGUUUCCCUCUUCCCCCCGCCUCCUGUAUCGUCACCGUGGACACGUAUGAGGCGGGUGAAUAACCACCACAGCUCCAUCUCCGUGCUUCGUAAUCCUGGAAUGAGCGGCGACAGCUGUCUUGCUCCGGAGGAUGCAAUAAGCAGCCGGSAGUGGGAAAUAGUGCCGGUAAUCCCUCCCUGCCUGCCUUUCCUUCUGCCGACCAGGGGAACAUGAAGGCUGGCUCUCUGCAGAUCCUGCUGCUUCUGCUGGGGGUCCUGUGCCUGACCCUGGCUGGAGGGCAACCUAAAGCACCUCUGAAAUGUUCAAUAGUGUGCACAAGUUUUAUGCCUGAGGAAGUAGGGARGCGGAUCAGGAGCAAGAUCAGGAGCUACCGCUGGACUGAACCYGCCUGCAGAAAACGAGCUGUCAUAUUUAUUACUGUGAAGGCCAAGGAGAUGUGUGCAGAGCCAGGGAAAGGCUGGGUGGAGAAGAUCAUGGAGGAACUGAACCAGACAAAGGCCACAAUGUCCCCACUGGCACGUGAUGCCACCUCACCAGAAGGGCCYGGUAGUGUUGAGAGGCAUGUUGGUCUUCCAGAUUUGGCUCCCUCUCAAGCCACUGCUCCAACUAGUUUCUUCCAUGGGACUGGAACAACAGCUAGGGAGAGAAUACAUGCUCCUGCUGCUGGGACAGAGGUGUCCAGCAAGUCCCCACUGGGCAUGCAGAAUCCUACCCAGCUCCCUGCACGAUCCACCCCAGUGAUACCAGAAGAGGCUGCACACUCUGAGAUCACUCCAGAAGCAAAGAGAGAGUCCUUAAAUUCUCCUGCAUCUUCCACAAAUGUUGCAGCUGGCAUGGACUCCAGCCAGCCCACCCCAAACCCCACAGCCCCUGUGCAUGGCUUUUCCAGCACCCUGGGAUCUACAGAGGAAGCUGUAGGACAUGCUGCAGAUGUUGUGACUGAUGUUCAAGGCAAAACUUCUCCUAACUCAAAUUCAGAUCUGAUGGCCACUCCUAAAGGAUCAGACCAACCUGUACUUCCUACAGAUGGAUCCCUGGGCCCUACAAGUGGCAGAGUGAACAUACCAGACGCUGCUUCCAGCAGCUCCAGGUCGGAUCUUCCCUYCAUCCAGGACAGCGUGGAGACCACAACAGUCACAGUGACAGCACCACAGACUACUUCAGUUUCUGCUCUAAGCUCUACCGCUGUCAUGGACAAAGCUGCUUCUGCCCAUACCGGUCCCUCUGCAGAUGUGUUUGGUACUAGAGCAGUUGUCCAUUCAUCACCUGUGGGAAUGCAAGAGCCUUCAGACACCGUGGUUUUUACUCACCAGGCUUUCUCAGGCCAAGCCAGAGUGCACAUGAUCACAGUCAGGCCAAACAAUCGCCCUCUGCCCAGCUUCUUGUCAGGGUCUCAAAUGCACUUUAUCAUCCCCGUUUCUGUGGUGUGUGGGCUGACAGCUGGCAGUGUUGUUCUUGUAUGGCUCUAUCUAAAAUUUGGAGUCAAACCAGAAGAAACRUCAAGAGAAAUGGUACAGGGCUUGCUCUACCAGCAGGCAGGACGUCAAGACAAUGCCUAUCCAAUGGAAGUAAUCUGAAUGCUUCAUGGCUUGAGCAUUUCUGGCCUCAACCAUAAUGUGUGUUGCUGCAGAAAAGCUGUUCAUACUGAACUGGUGACCAGUAGGAAGCAAGCCUGGGAAUAAAAAUCACAGAGAAAACUGACUUUUUUGCAGAGGAUAAUGUCCAACAUCUACUUCAUCACUGACCAAUCACAGUGUUUUGGAA